AUGAUCGCCAUGCCUUCACCAACGAUCGAACCAGACGAGAACCUCUUGGUGGUAAGUUUCGACGGAUCUGCGCGGGUGAAGCACAGCGGCGGUGCGUAUAGUGCAGUCGUGUGGAAGCUCCCGGAGUGGACGGUGGCGGAAGCCAUGUCGGUUUACAUGCUGGACUUGACAGUGAACGAGGCGGAAUAUCGUGGACUGAUUCUUGGAUUCGAUCUGCUCUCGACCUUGGACAGGGGGCGCGUCGUAAUAUGUGGAGACUCGAACUUGGUUAUUCGUCAGAUGCAGGGUGAGAUGGAGUGCAAAUCCCUCAACCGACUGGGCGAAAUACUGAAGCCAAAGCUGAUCGAGACAGUCGUCAGCGUAAACGCAAUCACGCGAGCCGCUGAGAGACAACGACGCACACCGAAAGCGAUGGAAGAAUCUAUCAUACAGCGCAUACGGUGUCAGAGGAUUAGGCAAGCUCAGGAUGAAGAGAAGUGGAUUGCGGAUCUGAAGAAGUACCUGGACGGAGAAGUUAAUGGCUUGACAGCAGAAGAGGCGAAUGCAUGCUCGAAGAUAGACGCGAAUUACGAAGUAGACAAGAACGGGCUACUCUUCUUCUGCCCCAAGACACGGCAACGAGGCGAAGACCGCGACGGUGUCGUCAGGAUUGUGAUAUCCGACAGCCUACAGCGAGACUUCCUUCAUCACUAUCAUGCUAGUCUUGAGGGAGGUCAUCAAGGCGUUGGAAGGACAUACCGGAGGACCCAAGCGAACUUUCACUGGCGAGAAUCACCAGGAAAUAUCCAGGGUACAUAUCCCUUCCAGGUGAUCUCCAUGGACCACAUCCCAUCGUUGCCAAAGUCGUUCAAAGGAAAAACCGAACUGCUGAUUUGGGCCGACUUGUUCACCGGUUACGUAAUAGCCAAGGCUGGUCCGUCGAGAGAGGCGCAGGCAGUGGCUGAGAAUUACGAGGAAUGCGCCUUCCGUCGUUUCGGCGCAAGCGAAGUCAUCAGACAUGAUCGGGAUCCUGGCUUUAUGUCGGACUUCUUCCGUGCCUUCAACCGGAUCGUGAAAAUGAGACAGAGCGCGACGAUGGCUUACCACGUCAACCAACAAGAUUGGGACGACUAUGCAGAGCGGCUGACGUUCGCGUUGAAUACGCCACAUGAUCGAGUGAGAGGAGAAACGUCGUUCUUCCUAGUCCAUGGAUGGGACCCGCGGUCGACACUUGAAACAGUUGUCUCGGUGGGAUCGACGCGCCGCCGCGAUUGCGAUGCAUGGAGAUGGAGGUACCACAUACAGGGUCAAUACCGCAGAGCCAGUGAAACUGUGAACGAGACCCUACGGGAUGCAAUCAAGUCCAGGGCUGACCAGCGCAAUGGAAACGUUAGACCACACCGGAUUGAGGAAGGCACACAGGUAUGGCUUUACCUAGACCGCGUCAAGGAAGGCUACGCCCGCAAACUCGUGGACAAGUGGCAUGGACCGUUCCGCGUCACAGAGCUGAUCGGCAAUCACGCAGCUCGUCUCGAGACUGCAGGCUCAGUGUAUCGGAUCUUCCCGAUAGUGCAUCUGUCGAAGCUGAAGCCAGUACAACCAUUCCCUGAUCGGCCGAAGGUUGUGUUGAACAUCGAAGACGACGAUCGGGUGGACUUCGACGAAGAACUGCUGCCGGACGACAGCUGGGACACUCCGCUGGAUGAAGACGAAUUCGAGGUGGAAAGGAUCGCGGACGUGCGGUCAGGGACACGCACCCGAUAUGGGCGGGUGCACCGAGAAUUCCAGGUCUAUUGGAAAGGCUAUGACCAACCGAUAUGGGUGGAUCAAGCCGACCUCAAUUGCGCCGCUCUGUUGUACGAGUAUGAAGGCGGACGUACCAGCCGCAACCGCUUCAACGUGAUGCAAUCACACGAAGAAGGGAUGAACGUUGAGUAA